AAAUGUCGACCAUGUCUGUAGGGAAGCAAAUACUACUCUUUUUGGGUCUGUUGCAAGGGUGUCUCGCGACUGAUUGUGCAACACGCAAAAAGUGGGGCUACGUUUGCAAGAGCGACUGUUCGGAGUUAUAUUUUUGCACGCAAAAUGGAGGUAAUUGGAGGAAGAAUUUAGUAGAAGUAUGUGACUCAAAAAAGUGUAGUGAAACUGAGGGAAAAUGUAUAGAAUCUGAUUUUUGUUCACUUGGGAAUCCAUCUGACUUCGAGUGCUCUUCGGAAGGAAUCUUUCCAAGUCCUUUUGAUUGUGGAAAGUACUAUACUUGUGAUAACAAUUUGAACGCAACUGAGCAAAAUUGUCCAUCGUCGAAAGGUUACUCAGCGGCAACCCAAAAGUGUUCGAUUGACCUAACUGACCCUCAGUGUCAGUACAGACCUGAAUGUAAUAACAAAUUUGACAACGGAGCCUGGCAAGGGGAUGAAAAUAUAUUUUAUCUUUGUGCUGAGGGCACUUCAGGUUCAUUGAAAAUCGAACUAUAUCGCUGCCCGGGAGGUCAGAUAUUCAGAGACGGAAACUGUAUCAAUGUUCCACCAAGUUAUUCAAAUGCUGGAGCAGAUAACAACUCUCAAGGAAUGGUAAACUCAUCACAAGCAAUAGAGCCAGAAAACACUCAAAGUUCUGAAAAACCAGGGAACUCAGAAUUAUCUUCAAAUCUGGUAAAACCCGAGGCACCAUGUCGGAGGAAGGGCCUAAUGGAACAUCAUCUGGACUGCACGAAAUAUGUUUACUGCGAUCAUGAGUUCAACAAGAUAGAGUACUCUUGUCCUGAAAAAACAUAUUAUGAUAAAUUUCUACGACGCUGCUUACGGGGGACGUGUGAAAAUUAAGAUAUUCUACCAAAUUAUGAUAUCUAUGGUUACAUUGUUUUCAGUUAAAUGUUAUUCCGCCUAAGAUUUUGUCAAUGU